AUGGCGAACGAUUCUCCAGCUAAAAGUCUGGUUGAUAUAGACCUCGCCUCUCUGCGGGACCCAGCAGGCAUAUUUGAACUGGUGGAGGUGGUGGGCAAUGGGACCUAUGGACAAGUGUACAAGGGACGACAUGUUAAAACAGGCCAACUGGCGGCCAUCAAGGUUAUGGACGUCACAGAGGAUGAAGAAGAGGAGAUUAAAUUGGAGAUCAACAUGUUGAAGAAGUACUCCCACCACAGGAACAUCGCCACAUAUUAUGGCGCCUUCAUCAAGAAGAGUCCGCCGGGCCAUGACGACCAGCUCUGGUUGGUGAUGGAGUUCUGCGGUGCUGGCUCGAUCACAGACCUGGUGAAGAACACCAAAGGAAACUCACUGAAGGAAGACUGGAUCGCCUACAUUUCCAGAGAGAUCCUCAGGGGAUUGGCUCAUUUGCACGCCCAUCACGUCAUACACAGAGACAUUAAGGGUCAGAAUGUCCUCCUGACUGAAAACGCAGAGGUCAAACUGGUGGACUUUGGGGUGAGUGCUCAGCUGGAUCGCACCGUCGGGCGCCGGAACACCUUCAUCGGGACACCUUAUUGGAUGGCCCCAGAGGUCAUAGCCUGUGACGAAAAUCCGGAUGCAACAUAUGACUACAGGAGUGAUUUGUGGUCGUGUGGUAUCACAGCUAUAGAAAUGGCAGAAGGAGCUCCACCGUUGUGCGACAUGCACCCGAUGCGAGCACUCUUCCUCAUUCCCAGAAACCCUCCUCCCAGACUCAAAUCUAAGAAAUGGUCUAAGAAGUUCUUUAGUUUUAUUGAGGGCUGUCUGGUGAAGAACUAUACCCAGCGUCCACCCACAGAACAGCUGUUGAAACACCCGUUCAUCAGGGACCAGCCCAACGAGAGACAGGUCCGCAUCCAGCUCAAAGACCACAUCGACCGCACCCGCAAGAAGAGAGGAGAGAAAGAUGAGACUGAAUAUGAAUACAGUGGCAGUGAGGAAGAGGAGGAGGAAGCUCCUGAACAAGAGGGAGAGCCCAGCUCGAUCGUGAACGUGCCGGGAGAGUCGACGCUGCGGCGUGACUUCAUUCGUCUUCAGCAGGAGAACAAGGAGCGUUCGGAGGCUCUGAGGAGACAGCAGCUCCUGCAGGAGCAGCAACUACGUGAACAGGAGGAGUACAAACGACAACUACUGGCUGAACGACAGAAACGUAUAGAGCAGCAGAAAGAACAGAGAAGGAGGCUGGAGGAGCAACAACGCCGUGAGCGAGAGAUAAGGCGACAGCAGGAACGAGAGCAGAGGAGAAGGGAGCAAGAGGAGAAGAGAAGGAUUGAAGAGAUGGAGCGCAGACGUAAAGAAGAGGAGGAACGCCGGAGGGCAGAGGAGGAGAAGAGGAGAGCUGACCGCGAGCAGGAGUAUAUCCGCAGGCAACUGGAAGAAGAACAGAGACACCUAGAAAUUCUACAGCAACAACUUCUGCAUGAGCAAGCCAUGCUAUUGGAGUUUAAAUGGAGGGAGCUUGAGGAGCAGAGACAGGCAGAGAGACUACAGAGGCAGUUACAGCAGGAGCAGGCUUACCUGCUGUCUCUUCAACAACAACCCAAACCGCACCACACGGCCGACAAGAACCAGAACCCUCAGCCCCAGCAGCCCGGGCCGGGCCCGGACAAGAGCAAACCCCAUCACGCGCAGCAGCAGGUCCCUGCGGAGCCGCGGAGCAGAAUACCCCAGUUACAACACUCGCCUGCGGACAAAAUCAAACAGGCGGAUGAGAGGUAUCGGAAGAAUGCCCAGGGCUCCCCUCAGGCCGCCGCCCAGAAACAGCCCCCUGCCGUGCCCCCUCGUGCCGAAACCUUCUCCAAUGGCAACGCCUCCGAGUCAGCCCAGCCAGCCAUGCACCGACCCAUGGAACCGCAGGUCCAGUGGUCUCAGUUAGCUGCUCUAAAGAGCAGCUCUGCUCCACCAAUCUCUCGCUCGCAUUCAUUCAGUGACCCCGCCCCCUCACUCGCUCAGCUCCACAUCCGCUCCGCUGACCCUCACAAUCAUCAUCCAGUGUCUCCCUCACGCUCUGACCCACAAACCCACACACAGUGCCCCGCUCUGGGCACAGCAGAGGAGGAACCUCCCCGGGUUCCGGUAAGGACGACUUCCAGAUCUCCUGUCCUUUCUCGUCGAGACCCCUCGCAACAGGCCAGUGUGUUGCCUAGCAACCAGGCAGCCCAGAGAAAUAUUGGCGGUAACGCUGAGCCCCGGUUGCUAUGGGAACGCGUGGAGAGACUCGCGCCCAGAUCGAGCAGCGGCAGCUCGUCAGGAUCCAGCAGCAACUCCAGCAGUUCAAACACAGGAUCAGGAGAGAGAUACAGACCACGCACAUCAUCUAAAUCAGAGAGCUCCCCUCUGCAGCGCUCCGAGCAUGCUGGGAAACAAAUCGAGGAGAGGAAGGAGUUAGCCCGACCAGGGCGCCCGGCGGCUGAAGUGGACUUGACCGCUCUGGCGAAGGAGUUACGUGCGGUAGAGGACGUCAGGCCCCCGCACAAGGUGACAGACUAUUCUUCCUCCAGCGAUGACUCGGGAACCACUGACGAUGAAGAUGACGAAGAGGUGGAUCAGGAGGGUGGGGAGGAGUCGACCUCUGGCCCCGAGGACUCCCGUGGAGGCUCGUCCAGGCUGAGCAACGGUGAGACGGAAUCUGUGAAGACCAUGGUUGUCCAUGACGAUGGAGACGACACGUCCUCUACUCCUUGCAAGGACAGCACGCUGAUCGUCCGACAGGUGGAACACCGAUCCGCCACCAUGCAGAAGCACAAGUCUUCCUCAUCUUUCACUCCUUUCAUCGAUCCCCGCCUCCUUCAGAUCUCUCCGUCCACUGGCAGCGCCCUCAACAACGUAGGUUACAGUAAUGACGCCCGUCUGCAGGAGGCUCUGAGACAGGAUGCAUCCCGUAAGGGCUCGGUGGUCAACGUCAACCCUGUUAACACUCGACCACAGAGCGACACGCCAGAAAUCCGCAAAUACAAGAAGAGGUUUAACUCUGAGAUCCUGUGUGCAGCCCUGUGGGGUGUGAAUCUGUUGGUGGGUACAGAGAGCGGCUUGAUGUUGCUUGACCGCAGCGGACAGGGGAAGGUCUACCCUCUCAUCAACCGCAGACGCUUCCAACAGAUGGAUGUCCUGGAGGGACUCAACGUCUUGGUCACAAUUUCAGGGAAGAAGAAUAAACUGCGUGUAUACUACCUGUCCUGGUUGAGGAAUAAAAUCUUACACAACGACCCUGAGGUGGAGAAAAAACAGGGCUGGACCACUGUGGGAGAUCUGGAGGGAUGUGUUCAUUACAAAGUUGUGAAAUACGAGAGGAUUAAGUUUCUGGUCCUUGCCCUGAAAAACUCAGUGGAGGUCUAUGCUUGGGCACCAAAGCCCUACCAUAAGUUCAUGGCUUUUAAGUCGUUUGGCGACCUUGUGCACAAGCCCCUGCUGGUUGACCUCACGGUGGAGGAGGGUCAGAGGUUAAAGGUCAUCUAUGGCUCCUGCUCAGGAUUCCAUGCUGUGGAUGUGGACUCGGGGGCUGUGUAUGACAUCUACCUUCCCACUCACAUCCAGACCAGUAUUCAGUCCCAUGCUAUCAUUAUUUUGCCAAACACUGACGGUAUAGAGCUGCUGGUGUGCUACGAGGACGAGGGUGUUUAUGUCAACACCUACGGUCGCAUCACCAAAGACGUGGUGCUGCAGUGGGGUGAAAUGCCCACGUCUGUGGCGUAUAUCCGCUCCAACCAGAUCAUGGGCUGGGGAGAGAAAGCUAUAGAGAUCCGCUCCGUGGAGACGGGCCACCUGGACGGAGUCUUCAUGCAUAAGAGAGCACAGAGACUGAAGUUCCUGUGUGAGAGAAAUGACAAGGUAUUCUUUGCAUCGGUGCGAUCUGGGGGAUCCAGCCAGGUCUAUUUCAUGACUCUGGGCCGUACUUCCCUACUCAGCUGGUAA